UACAACAUCAAUAAAUGUUGCUGCAUGUGUGAGUGUCAUCCUGUACAUUAAUGCUACAUGUGCACUUGGUAAAACACUCACACUAAAAAAAGUUCAAGUGUUAGGAACGACGUCACGUCAGAAUAUUAGAAAAAAUCUGAAGGUAUGGGUGCAAAUUCAUUUAGAGUAGAGAGAACAUAACAAAACAUUUUUUCUAAUCAGUGAACAGCUGGCCUCCACGAGGCAAUCAUAGUGCCGGAAUUUUAUCCAAUACUAUUUUAUCCAUUGUUAAGUUAUGAUAUUGGUAUAUAACAGUUUUAUUUUAACAAAAUAUCAAACCAUUUGCUUUUCUAAAUAUCCACAAUACGUUGACGCAUCAAUACAUUAUAAAAGCAUAUUCUGGAAACGAAAGCGUGGUGUUAGAGAGUGAAAAAAAAAAUUAGAAAUAAAUAUUUAGUGAGUUAUUUCAAGUUUAGUCUGAUAAAUAAGCAUCUUUAAUAAAAAAUAAUUCAUUAAUUGAGAAUGGGAUUAAAUGAUUUAAUUUAUUGGUAUUAUAAAAAAAUAGGAACGUAUGAUAAACAACAAUGGGAAAAAACAGUUGAGCAAAGAAUUUUUGGAGGCUUAAAUAAUGUGCCAAUGAGAACUGCUAAAUUAAAAACAGAAUUUAUUGAUGUGGAUCUUGUCAGAGGCUCUUCUUUUCCUAAGGCAAAACCUAAGCACGGGUUAAGUACAGUUACAUGGCUGGCAGUAAAAAGACUAUUACUAUUACCGUUGUAUAAAAAUUGGUGGAUUCAACAAACAACUUCGAGAAUUUUUUCAUUAUUUUGUCUCCUUUAUUGUUUACAGAUUUUUAAUAUUUGUCUUUAUGUUGGAGCUGCUGAGUUUAACGAGUCUGAUAUUGUUUCACUGGCUGAGAUAUUAAUGCCAGUUGCAAUGAUGUUUUUUCUUUGCAUCGUUCAUUCACAAAUAGUAUCAACUAAUUCAGGACCUACGAUAACCCCUGGACGUAAUAAAUCAAGAAUAAGAAGAUCCCGAAAUGAGCGAAAUCGUCCUGGAAAAUUGAGGCCUCGAAGAAAUACUCGUGUUUCAUCGGAUAUAAAAAAUCCACAAGAUACUAUUAAUGAAAAUGUUAAAAUAUACGCCAAUGUGCCACCAUCAGUGAGAUUUGCUAAAAAAGUUUGUAUUGAUACACCGCUAGUAGAAAGUAAAGUUCAACUUGAAGAUAUACCUUCUCAGGCUUCAUUUGACGAACUAAAGAUUGAUAAAAAUUCUUUGGGUACAUCACCCAUUCAAACUUCUGUUAAAAAUGAUAAUUUAUUAUGUGAUGCAGUAGUAAAUGGUAGGAAUGACGAUAAUAUUCAUCAGGAGGAUGAUGGUUUCGAAAGUCUCAAUAGUAAUGUUUUAAGUGACAAUGACCGUACAAAUUCUGAACGCAUUAAAAAUGAGAAUGACAAAUCAAAAUGUGUGACAUCAGCGAAUAGCGAAGAACGUCUAAUAACUUAUUCAAGCGAUAAUUCACAAAACAUAGCUCCAGUAGCAGAGAUCUCGAGGAAAACUGACAUUGACUUGAAAAAACCAUCAAACAGCAUUUCGAGCAAUGGCUUAUCAACCAAAUCAAUUGAAAGAAUGCGGCAAUUUGAAAGUGAGGAAGAGGGUGAAUGUGAAGAAACUGGAACGCAGCAAUUGACUGAAGCUACAACGUCAGCGACUGAGUGGAUGGGUGUGACUACUAAUAGUGAUGAAUGUAGUUAUAGUUCUGAUCUAAAUGAAUCUCAAGCAAAUAGUGAUGGUAAUUUUAAUUAUGGAGAAUUUGUGGAACACCCGUUCUCAUGGGAGUUAGAAUUACCUCCAUCAAUUUUAUUAAACUCUGCUUGUAAUACUUCAGAUCGUGUAUCAUGCACAAUUUGGACACGUCGAGACAUAAAAAAAGCUGAAUUGUCAGUGUUAGAUAUUAGCUCAGCAAUAAUAGCCAGAGCUGAAACCAUGCCGGAAACCAUGGAUUAUUUUUAUGGGGGACUUAUACUCUCGAUUGUGUUGGCUGUGAUACCAGCUAUAAGAAGACUAAGUAAUCAUUUAUCAUUUGAUGGAACCAAUAAUUCUACAGGGUCGACUUUAGUAAAUGACAUAGCUCAAGUUGGUUAUGAUACAUAUUCUGAAUUUUUUUGUAAAGUUAUCGACGUCUCAUUUGGAACGACUUUAUGGGAAAGGAGUGUGAUUUUAAUUUUAUCAUUUGAAAGAUUAAUUCUUUCAUGUUUACUUUUCUUCCUUCUUGCUGUAGCUGAAAGAACAUUCAAACAAAGAUUACUGUAUGCUAAAUUAUUUUCCCACUUAACUUCUUCCAGGCGAGCACGAAAAUCGGAUUUGCCUCAUUUCAGGCUAAAUAAAGUUAGAAAUAUUAAAACUUGGUUGAGUGUUAGGUCAUAUCUCAAGAGAAGAGGUCCACAAAGAUCUGUUGAUGUAAUAGUUUCGGCUGUAUUUUUAAUAACAUUACUUCUAUUAUCAUUCGUUAGUUUAGAAUUAAUAAAGGAUUUAGAGAGUCUUCAUUCAAGAUACAAUAUAGAAGCACUGUUUUGGAGCUUUGCUCUCGGAAUCUAUAUUCUAAGAUUUAUGACACUUGGUACAAAAAUUAAUAAAAAAUAUAGAAAUUUAUCUGUAUUGAUAACUGAGCAAAUCAAUCUUUAUCUACAAAUAGAGCAAAAGCCUCAUAAAAAGGAUGAACUCAUGGUCGCUAAUAGUGUGCUAAAAUUAGCUGCUGAUUUGAUCAAGGAACUGGAAAGUCCUUUUAAAAUUUCUGGUCUUUCUGCCAAUCCUUAUUUGUACACAAUAACCAAAGUGGUUCUACUUUCUGCACUUUCGGCUGUGUUAUCAGAAUUACUUGGAUUUAAGCUGAAACUAUACAAAAUAACAAUCAAGUAAAGUAUGAAAUUUACUUAAUUUUUAAAAUUUUAAAUUAAAAACAAUUUAAAUAAAUAUAAAACUCCAAAAGAGAUAACUUUUGGAUGAAAACAAAAUUUGGAGCUUUAUAAGAUUGUGAUUAGAGCUAAUGAAUGACAGAAAUGAAUCUAAUUAUUAAAUUAUAAAAUUUAUCUUCAAUUGAAAUCAAAUAAUAUCGAUAAGAUAUUGCACAGAUAAAAAAAAUUGAUCAGCAUGUGAUGAUAGAUGUGUACAUAUAAAUAUUUUUGGCAAUAAUAAAUUUGUCAGUGGUAUUCAGAACAAAUUUUCAUCAAUUGUGCAAUAGAUAUACAUAUGUGUAUAUUAAGUCAGUUAUUUUUUUUAUCGUUAAAUGUGAUAUAAAUGAUGCUUUAAAUCUUAAUAUAAUUAUAUUUAAAUAAUACUAGAUUACUUGUUUAUAAUUAUAACAGAUAUAACAACAGAUAUAAUAAAUACUUGUCGCGUACGUGAAUUUGCGCGUAUUCUUGAUAGUAUUAUACAUAGUUGAAAUAAAAAUGUAUAUCAGAUGAUAAAGAACAUGAAAAAUA